CUCUCAUUCUCAUAGCCAUUUCUCAUAAACCCUCCUCCUCCUCCUCCGUCUCCUCCGCGCCCCUUCCCCCCAUGUUCUCUUGAGUUUCUCCGACGGACCUCCCCCUCUCUCUCUCCCUCUCUCUCUCUCUCUCUGGUAAGUUCUGCACUCGGGUGGCAAAAUGGCGGGGAAGUCUAACAAAGGCAAACAUCGGAGAGUCUCUCACGCUGCCGCGAAUUCUGCCGAGGGACCGCCCUCCUCGGAUGCCGCCGCCGCGAAGGAGAUUGCGAGCCCCUCCGACUCCAUCGUAGCUGAUGCUAAUGGAGUUCCGGCUGUUGGAGAACUGGGUGGGGCUGGACCUGAGUUGAAGGAAUCUGAAACUGCGGAUGCAGCAAGCCAGUCGAAACAAGGAGACCUUCAUCUCUAUCCAGUUCCUGUCAAGACACAAAGUGGCGAGAAGCUUGAGCUACAAUUGAAUCCAGGAGAUUCAGUGAUGGAUAUUAGGCAAUUUCUUCUUGAUGCUCCUGAAACAUGUUUCUAUACAUGCUAUGACCUACUGUUGCACACAAAGGAUGGGUUGACUCACUGCCUGGAGGACUAUAAUGAAAUUUCCGAAGUAGCUGAUAUUACCACCAGCAAUUGCUCCUUGGAAAUGGUUGCUGCAUUAUACGAAGACAGAUCAAUCAGGGCUCAUGUUCAUCGCACGAGAGAUUUGCUGUCCCUAUCCACACUUCAUGCCUCACUGUCGACAUCCCUUGCUUUGCAGUAUGAGACAACUCAAAACAAGGGGUUGGGAGCCAAAGAUACUCCAAAAAUUGAAGUUCCAGAGCUUGAUGGUCUGGGUCUUAUGGAGGAUGUUCCUGGAGCCCUAAGAAACUUGAUAUUACCUUCUUCAAGGGAGAUAAAAUGUGUGGAGAGCAUCGUCUUUUCAUCCUUUAAUCCUCCUCCAAGUUAUAGGAGGCUUGUGGGUGAUCUGAUUUAUUUAGAUGUAGUGACUUUGGAAGGUAAUAAAUUUUGUAUCACUGGAACGACAAAAACAUUUUACGUCAAUUCAAGCUCAGGGAAUAUUCUUGAUCCAAAGCCAAGUAAAGCUACCGUUGAGUCAACCACCCUUAUUGGACUCCUGCAAAAGAUUAGCUCUAAAUUCAAAAAAGCUUUCCGUGAGAUUUUGGAACGAAAGGCUUCUGCUCAUCCGUUCGAGAACGUUCAAUCAUUAUUACCUCCAAAUUCAUGGCUUGGGGUAUACCCGGUUCCUGAUCAUAGACGUGAUGCAGCCAGAGCUGAGGAUGCACUAACUCUUUCUUAUGGUAGUGAGCUGAUUGGCAUGCAGAGAGAUUGGAACGAGGAGUUGCAGUCUUGUAGGGAAUUUCCCCAUACAACUCCUCAUGAAAGGAUUCUGCGGGAUAGGGCUCUCUACAAGGUGACUUCUGACUUUGUAGAUGCAGCGGUAAAUGGUGCUAUCGGAGUCAUUAGCAGAUGCAUACCCCCGAUCAAUCCAACAGAUCCCGAGUGCUUCCAUAUGUAUGUCCACAACAAUAUAUUCUUCAGUUUUGCUGUGGAUGCCGACCUCGACCAUUUGUCAAAGAAACGUGCAUCUGAUUCUACUUCGAAGGGCGAGAGCACAAAUUCGUGCCACAAAUUAUCUGAGAAGGUGUCAUCUGAGUUACCAAGUGCAUCCAUUGGAGUUACCGAUGGAGAAAAAAACAAGUCAAAUUCUGGUGGAAAUGCUGUUACUAUCCAGUCGGAACCUGAUCUAUCUGCCGAGACCCAGAUGGGUGAUAGCGAGCAGGCUACAUAUGCAUCUGCAAAUAAUGAUUUGAAGGGCACCAAAGCAUAUCAGGAAGCUGAUGUUCCUGGACUUUAUAAUCUUGCUAUGGCUAUAAUUGACUAUAGGGGUCAUAGGGUGGUAGCUCAGAGUGUGUUGCCUGGCAUCCUUCAAGGGGAUAAAUCCGAAUCCCUUCUGUAUGGUUCUGUUGAUAAUGGCAAGAAGAUAUGCUGGAAUGAAGAUUUUCAUUCCAAGGUGUUGGAGGCAGCAAAACGUCUUCAUUUGAAGGAACAUGCUGUAUGUGAUGGUUCUGGAAACAUUUUCAAAUUAGCUGCACCAGUGGAAUGCAAGGGUAUUGUGGGUAGCGAUGACAGGCACUAUCUUCUUGACUUGAUGAGAGUAACUCCUCGUGAUGCAAACUACACUGGACCUGGAUCUCGAUUUUGUAUUUUGAGACAGGAAUUAGUCACAGCUUUUUGCCAGGCCCAGGCUGCAGGGAGAUCGAAACAGAGUUCAAGCUCUGAUACUGUCCGUGACUCACCAACUGAUUCUUUAAGAGUUGCCAGAGAUAACGGACUUGGGAAUGCUGAUGCUGGUGUUGGAGGAUUUUCCGACAGUAAGGACAUCAGAGAAGAGGGGACUGAUGCUGUGCAACAAUGUCCUCCUGCAUCUGCUGAAAUCUCUGAAUCUAAUGAUGAAAUACUUUUCAACCCUAAUGUUUUAACUGAAUUUAAGUUGGCUGGGAAUGAAGAGGAAAUAGCAGCAGAUGAAGAAAAUGUGAAGAAAGUUAGUUUGUAUCUAAAAGAAGUUGUGCUGCCAAAGUUUAUACAAGAUCUUUGCUCCCUUGAAGUUUCUCCCAUGGAUGGCCAGACAUUAACUGAAGCCCUCCAUGCCCAUGGAAUCAAUGUUCGUUAUAUUGGAAAGGUGGCGGAUGGGACCAAACAUUUGCCACAUCUUUGGGAUCUAUGUUCUAAUGAAAUUAUGGUUAGGUCAGCAAAGCACCUGCUGAAGGAUAGUUUGAGGGAUACGGAAGAUCAUGAUAUUGGUCCUGCAGUAUCACAUUUCUUCAAUUGCUUCUUUGGACAGAGUCAAGCCGUUAAUCUGAAAGGGAUGGGUAACAAUGUGCAGUCUAGGAUCCAAAAGAAGGACCAAGGUGGCCACCAAUCUUCGGGCAAGUCUUCAAGAGGGCAAGCUAGAUGGAAAAGCAGAGCUUCUCUGAAGAAGAUUCAAUCUUCAUGUAUGAAUAUUAGUUCAGACACCCUAUGGUCUGACAUUAAAGAAUUCGCGAAGCUCAAAUAUCAGUUUGAGUUGCCGGAGGAUGCAAGACAACGUGUGAAGAAAGUUGCAGUUUUGCGCAACUUCUGCCAUAAGGUCGGCAUAUCUAUUGCUGCUCGCAAGUAUGAUUUCGGUGCUCCACUACCAUUCCAAACAUCUGAUAUCUUGGAUAUCCAACCUGUAGUGAAGCAUUCAAUUCCCGUGUGUACAGAAGCAAAGGAUCUUGUGGAACUCGGGAAAGUCCAACUGGCAGAAGGAAUGCUUAGUGAAGCAUACACAUUGUUUUCGGAGGCAUUUUCAAUGCUUCAGCAGGUAACAGGUCCAAUGCAUCGAGAGGUAGCUAAUUGCUGUAGGUACCUUGCGAUGGUUUUGUAUCAUGCAGGAGACAUGGCAGGGGCCAUAAUGCAGCAGCACAAGGAAUUGAUUAUAAACGAACGAUGCCUGGGUUUGGAUCAUCCUGACACUGCCCACAGCUAUGGAAAUAUGGCUCUUUUCUACCAUGGACUUAAUCAAACAGAACUUGCUCUAAAGCAUAUGGCACGGGCAUUACUCCUACUUAGUUUGUCAUCAGGCCCUGAUCAUCCAGAUGUUGCUGCAACAUUCAUAAAUGUUGCAAUGAUGUACCAGGAUAUGGGAAAGAUGGAUACAGCUCUUCGUUAUCUGCAGGAGGCAUUGAAAAAGAAUGAGAGGCUUCUGGGGGAGGAGCAUAUUCAAACUGCCGUGUGCUAUCAUGCACUUGCAAUUGCAUUCAAUUGUAUGGGUGCCUUUAAGCUCUCUCAUCAGCAUGAGAAGAAAACUUAUGACAUACUUGUUAAGCAACUUGGUGAGGACGAUUCACGGACCCGUGACUCGCAGAACUGGAUGAAGACAUUCAAAAUGCGUGAACUUCAGAUGAAUGCACAAAAGCAGAAGGGCCAAGCUGUGAAUGCAGCUUCUGCUCAAAAGGCUAUUAAUAUUUUGAAGGCUCAUCCAGACUUGAUGCAUGCAUUUCAAGCUGCUGCUGCAUCUGGGGGAUCUGCAAGUUCCAGUACGUCUGUUAAUCAGUCAAUUAAUGCUGCCAUUAUUGGCGAAACUCUUCCACGAGGAAGAGGGGUUGAUGAAAGGGCAGCACGAGCAGCAGCUGAAGUAAGGAAAAAGGCUGCGGCUAGGGGUCUCUUGAUACGUCCACAUGGUGUUCCUGUCCAAGCUUUGCAACCCCUUACGCAGCUUCUCAAUAUCAUCAAUUCAGGAAUGACCCCUGAAGUUGUCAAUAGUGAGGAAACUGAUGGGUCGAAGAAGGAAGUCAAUGGCCAUUCUCAAAAUGGCUCUGAAGAUAAGAAUGACCAAGUACCGUCUGUAGAAGUUCAGCCGCCAGUUGGAUUGGGCCGAGGCCUGGGAUCUCUUGAAACAAAAAAGCAGAAGGCAAAGCCGAAAGUUGCUGAUUAAGUUCAGAGGGCAGACCAUUUGGGCAAAGGAGUUUUCUCUAAAGGUCAGAUUACAGCUGUGCUAUGAUGUUUUCAAAAAUUCAAAGCACCGCGGCAAUUUACUGAUAGUACCCAUCAGUACGCUUAUGCUUCUCAAUUCGGCAAUUUUUUUUGCUAUGCAAGAUUCAGCUCGCAUGCCGUCGGGUUCUGAGGAAGUUAUAGUCAGAAUAAUCUUGUCAUUAUUUUUGUUAUCAUCGUUACGAAAUUUUGUUGGCUAUUGUAUUGCCGAUGUUGUCAAGGCAUCUAAAAGGAGUUUUUGCAUUUCAAUGUAUUGUACGAGACAACUUGUAAACGAAUUUUAGAAGUCGUAAUAGAAAUUUGAGUGAACCAUGGCAUUCUA